AGCUGCUCCUGAGAUCGGAUCCUUCAGGACCUUCCACGCGGCGGCUGUCAACACUGCAAUUACGAAACAAUUUCGACAGCAUGCUGCUCCAAUUGGACGCCCGAAAACGGAACAGAGCCCGGCUCCAGGCUGUCAACAAAAGAUGGCAUGCGAAAAGUGAAAUAUUUUGGGCAUAGAAUUAUGCAGAUGCAGAUGGAGACGGAGAGCGCAGUUCAAUGCCAGGAAAAAGAGGCCCCACCCUUGGCUUUUCCACACCUUUCGGGAACUCACGCUUCAUUUGCAUGUAACCAUGACACGACGGUGGUGGUGGUGUUAGUGUUGGUGUUGGUGGAGGAGGAGCAGAAGGAGGAGAAGACACAUGGAGUGGAGACCACACAGACCACCGAAAGCGAAGAGUCCUUGUGCUCCUCCCGCUCCCCCUCCCUCGAUUUGCUCCUGCGGGGCGUCGGGCGCCAAACCCAAACUCAAUUGAGUGCCUCCUCCUGCUCCUCCGGCUCCGCCAGCUUCUCCAUCAGCUCCUGCUGCUCCUUGGGCGAGGAUGCGGUUGGCAGUGUGUUCGGCGGUGUCUACACAAUCGAAUCAUGGCAAAUAUUUCCAAAUGCGAGAUGUGUGGAAAGUGCUAACGACGCAGCUGCAUAUUUUGUCAACUCUGAAUGGGCCAAAGGACGCAGGACUCGCACUCGCACUCGCACUCAGAGUCGGAGGUGGUGUCCUAACGAAUGUGUCUGCAGCGAUGGCUGUCAUGGCCACAAAGGUGAUAAGCAAUUGGCGCGGCUUUCCUGAAAGGGUUCCCUGCAUCCUGGCAGCACUUGGCUCCCGAUAAUUGCCGGCAAAGGCGGGUGGAGCGCAAUCAGCAGACAAACCAGGACUAAUCAAGGAGCAGCAGUCGAAGGACCUUGAAUGCGACUGUCUCCCAGCUGAAUUUCCAUUUGCAUCUGGCUUUGUUUUGGCACCUGGCCUUUCCUUGUUUGCUAAUUAUAAUUUAAUUUGUUUAUUCCGCGCCGGGGAAAA